AUCACUCUGACAAAAGAGUGUGCUGUUUCCUUGAUAUGGUAUCUGGUCAGCAAUGCCAUUGGGACCAAAUGAAAGUUACGGCAGAUACCACACAGAAGCAAUUACUGUUACUGGAAUACCAGUAAUGUUUAUUAAAUUCAGUUAUAAAGUAGUUCUGGGCAUUGCAGCUGGUGAGCAAUGUCAUUGGGCACUAAAAGAAGUUCAGUUACGAUGGAUUUCUGGCCUUCAGUCAAUGGGAAAAUUCACACCAGAUUGCAUCAAGACUGUUAUAUUCCAAGGAUAUCUUGGAAGAUUGAUAGUAUUCCUGAAGGAAAACAAUCCAUGUAGUAUUUCACGUGUGUAUCAAACUGCCAUAAUUUGUGGCACAUAAAUGUUUGCAACUUGAUUGUAAUUUUUGACAGGUUUCUCAACAAUCCAAGAAUUUCUUGUAAUGAGAAGUAGACAUUGUUGCUUGGGUAAAGGAAAUACAAAUCACGGUCAGUACAACUACCUUAUUAACUUUCCACAGAUAAAUAUUUUUCACUACUGCUACUUAAAAAUUCAAAUGUGUGACAAAGUUUGCUUACAGAACUUGGCAUAAAGAUCUCCCUUAUUUGUAUUUUUUAGAUAGCUCUUAUUGUUUGAUCCUUCAAAUGGAAUGCUAUGACCUCCAUGUGAUCUAUUCCUUAGUAGUUAAUUAUCCAUUAAGGCACAAAUAUAUGAACAUUACAAUGAGAGGGGUCUUUAUGCCAGGCCCUGUAAAAGUAAUGGCAUCUUACUUAAUAUUAUUGUUGGGAAUUUGAUGGCACAGCUGUGGGGAGACCACAAAUUUCAGGGUUUGCUAACUGCAAAUCUGGCACACAGUUGCUGAGUGAUUCAAGUACUUUUCAUAAUGUUUCACUGUUGAUACAGUUGUAUGUGAGAUUAUAAACCUGUUUGAACAACACCUUCACUUCAAAUUGCUGCAAAGAAAUGGUUAAGGUAUCAGUGUGAUGCUCUGUGUGUUUCCUCAACUGUGUCCUCAUUGCUACUAUCUUCAUGUGAAAUUACUGCAGACACACUUCUGAAACCAAACCUGUACAUCUCGUGAAGACAGAUUAAUGGGCUAUUCCUGCAGCUUUCUGGUAUUUUAUCAAAACCCCACUCUGGAUAGAAAAUAAAGAUUGCACAGAAAUGCUUGCAUGGGUAUUUAUAUAUCUUAAAAUCUUCACAUGCGCAGUUUGGUAGAGCAAAGCUUACAACAUAAUUACAGUCUUUGAACAUUGUACUCUCCAUACAAAACAUUGUCCAACUUCACAUUCACUAAUCUUGCAGUUAACUCAACUUUCCCUGGCGCAUAUCACUGUAUGACAUGUUUCACAAACUUCAUUUAAAAAAAAAAUGAAAAAACAGUGGAACAUGUCUGUUAUGAUUUGAUGGCAGAAUUCUGCAGACAGUACUUUCUAAUUAGGCUUGGAAGAAAUUGAUUUCUUAUAUCCCUAGUAGCCCCAUUGAAGGUCCCAUCUGUGUUCCAUUUUAGUAAAAAAAUGUUUACAAUCUUGUUCAUGGCUUCAACUCCACUUGUAAUGUCAAUGGUAUCAAAAUUGCCCUUGUUCUCAUAAGCUUCCACUCACUUUUCAUGUACCAAUAGCCACUGCUGUUAAACGUACGGUGAUGCAUAUUCGUUUCUCUGAGAAGCCUCGCUAUCUCUUUUGUAUGAUCUGUAAAUUCUCUGUUGGUGAUUCUGAAAUUCCUUGCCACAUGCCCAGAAAUCUCUUCGUGUCAUUUGGUAUAUAUUCAGCCAUCUUCCUCAAACCUGUUUGACUGAAAAGGCACAAGUACACUUUUGUCUGAGGAAAUGCUUGAUCAGUUGCAUUUAUCUCAGACUAUAAGAAAUCAGUAACCCAGUAGAUGGGAUUCCAAUCCUUGAAAAUGGCUAGUGCUUCAUGAAUGGAUCUCGCAUUUUCAACUUGAAUGAAAAAGAAAACCAAAUAACCCGCAUUACUCUUUACAGCUAUAAAAAAAUAAAGGCAUAUCAUGUGUUGUUGUUUUGUAUGUUGCAUAUAACAACUAUCCCUGUACUUCUUCAAAAGAUCUCUUUGCUAACAGCUCUGAUAGAAAAAAGUGAUGGUUUCACUCCUCCAUUGGCACCUAUACCAUGUUUGUAAUAAAUCAUGUGAUUGCUUUAUUCCUUGUGCCACUCGUCAGCAUGAUUCUGCAAUCUAGUCUCGUCAAACAAUGCUUUAUUUGUACGUUACAAGGUCCAAUAUGUGUGAAUAUAAUUUUUUUCAGUGGGGUAAAAUGUAGUAUUCAUUAGACCUGGUAUGUGUGUCCCAGUGAAAUUAUCAAUAAAUGUAUCUAGAGCCAAAUUAUUGGCUGUAUAAUGUCAUUCCAUCGUGCACGUGAAUUUGUAUUUCCUUUACAAGCUAUUGUUAGCAUGUGUGUGUGUGUGUGCGCGCUGAUUUGCUGGAGAAGCAGAGAGAUAGUCUUUCAGCUAUCUUUGAGACAUUUAAAGGAGGUGCUUUAGAAAUGAGUGUCCUGAUUGAUAUGAAAAACAGUUUUCAAAUUUUCUGUACAAACUGUAAACAGUUCCUCAGUUGGUGAUUGUGGAAGAGAUUGCCAUAGCCACAGUAUUGAUCCACUGUCAGGUGGUAAACCUAGGAUUUCCUUCCAGUAUGAGCCAAGUGAAGUAAAACUGUGGUUGGAGAAACGUUUUAUAUUCUUAAACUGAGUAUUUGUAACCCAUUAUGUUGGAUUGCAGUUCAUGUGUCAACACUUAAAAAUGUUUAGUUCUUCACUGAUGACACAUGAUACAAUUUCAAUUUUUAAGGCUAUUCUGUGUCAGGUUAAAUUUUGAAUUAUCCAUUUAAGCUUAUUUUUUUGCUGUGUGACAGAUGGAUUUAUGUUCAUUUAAUAUUUUUAAUGUUGAUUGUGAUAAGGUGUAAUCAUAUGUAAAUGCCCAAUAAAAUAGAUUGAUAUUUA